CUACUUUACAAAUUACAUUGAGUUUUACCUAGAAAAAAAAUACAUAUUACUUGGAUUUUUUCUGCUUCUGUUUCUUGGUGGGAGUAUUGUUUUACGAGAAAAAACCAUUUCUUUCUUUUAAGCUACUAGAUUAGCCUGGAUUAGUGAAUACCCGUUCGUGGAUGCUUCUUUUCCCUCUUUCUUUUCACUACGAUUUCUAAGCAUGUCUCCAGUUGUAAAUGAUUUUAUAUGUACAGGCAUUUUUACCUUUUUUAAAAGACAGUUUUUUCUUUGUCAAAUUACAUGUGGUUGGCACUUUACCGGGACAGCUUUGGCUUGGGCACACACAAAUCUUUAUUAAGAAUGGUAUAUUUUGAGGCUUAAACUCUACAAUUUCAAAUAAGGCUUUGUUGAAUGCGCUAAAAUUUGUAAAUAAUCCACGUGCAUAUUCGGCCACCUCUCAUGUGAUGCUCUAUUGGGAUUAUUUAUUAAGAAGUCAGAUACAGUGUAUUUUGAUGCUCAAAUUCUUUUAGUUUUGAAUAUGGCCUUGUUAAGGUUACUUGAAGUGCUUAUAGAAGAAAAAUCUGUAAAAUACACCAACAACACAGCCAAAAUGGAUUUGUUGAGUAAAUCCCUAGGGAUUGGCUUAAGUGGUAAGGGCCUUGGUCUUGGUGGUAUGCUUCAUCUAAGUCUAAGGUUUGAAUCCUCUUGGGUGCAAAAAAUUUCUUGGGGCCAUCAACCGGGGGAACUUCCUCUUGAAUUAUUUGAUGUGCACUUAUACGAAACUCUUUGCCGAGGGCCUGUGCACUCCCAGGAUUAGUCAGAACGUUGUUCUCGGACACCCGGUGCCAAUAAACAAAAAGGGUUUGUUGAGUAUUGAAGAAAGCUCUCCAUUUACACCCACAGGCAAAAGGCCAUACCCUGUGUGUAAAUAAAAUACUGUCUCUGCCACCUAUUUCCUUGUCAGAUCAGGGAUCGGGUAUUUCCAUUGUAUAGCCCAAAGGAUUUAUUAAGGAGAGAGAAAAGCACAAGCAGGAGAUUUUUGUGCAUGAGUGCUUUAUUGGAUUAAGUAAAAUUCGUAAAACCUAAUAGUAGUCGGUGAAAUACUUUUGGGUGGACAAAAUAGAAAGUUGCACAAGCUGGGGAGAGUCGAUGGCUCCAUGAAGAAAACAUUAUUCACCACAAACCCCAUAAUGCUUCUAAUUGAGACUAUCAAAUACUAUUCUUAGUUUCGAAAAUGUAGAUAUGUUUCUGUGAGUAUUUUGCUAAUGGAGGGAAAGAAAAACUAGCAACACUGUUAGAAAACUUGAAGUAUAAUGUACCACAAGAGGGCUAUUGUCCUGCUAUAUGGACAUGAAUGAUAUCAGGUUGUGUUGCAGCUACCUGCUAUGUAUUGUCUUUCAAAAAUUCUGGAUGCCAUCAUUUUUUAUAACACACUGCCACACCAAUCCGACGGGGCACAACCCACCCAAUUUCAAUUUUAAAAUGAAGCUGACUGUAGCUCAUCCCUUUUCCCUCUUUCUGGAUGCACUUCGCACAGCCAGGGUAUAUAUUCAUCUUUGUUUGAGCAAGAAACCAAGCAAGAUAGGCCCCAAUAAACUGAGCAAGAAAGGCCCUAAGAAACCUACCCUUUUAUCCAAAAAGUUUGAUAGUACAGCACAAGUGCCAAAAUCCCUUAAAUGGAGAUGAAAAUAGAAGUUAUGCAAGUUUUGCCGAAUAGUUCCUGGGUAUUGGAGCUUUAGGGCUUGAGAAGAAAUUGCUGGUUUGGUCUGAAAUUGGUUUUUUUGCCAAAUAAUUCCUGGCUAUCCAUUUGUGAUUUAUUUCUUGUAUGGACUUGUAGCAUUUAUUUGUAUCUCUUAUUUCUCUUCUUCCUUUGCAUUUUUUGGAUUUUUUAAUUGCAGUUUAACAUUGUUCUCUGUUGGGUUUUCAAGAAAGUUCUUCAUUUGCCCCUUUUUCUCUGCUGCCAAACAACAAUCCCAGCAAAAAGAAAAAAAAAAAAGAAGAGGAUUUCCAAAAAGACAACGAUUGGAUCUUUGAAUGGUCUUUUUCUAAAUCAUAUCUUUGUGUGGUUCCCACGAACUGAUACUACAAACCCCCCCAAAUAGAUUUCCACUUCCAGCAAUUUGGCCAUCAAUUUCCAACAUUUCUUUUUUUCUUACUUAUCCAAAAAAAAAAUUCCAACAUUUCUUUUUAUAUCUGCUUUCUCUGUUUUAUUUGCAUUUUCUGGAAUUUUAAUCACAGUCUAACAUGGUUCCUUGUUGAGUUGUUAAGUAAGUUCUCCAUCUCCUAGCUGGUUGUUUUCAGCUACCAAACAACAAUUAUUUGCUUCUCUGCCAAGUACCAAAAAAUUCGAAUUUGCGAGAUGGGCUGAAAUCACCUCAACUUUGUCCCUCUUUUGCCUAUUUUUUUUUUUUUUAAAGCAAUGUAAGUGCUAUGUCGGCAAGUGUGGUGGUGUGUUAAAAUUUGGGGCUUGUAUGUAGAACUAAUUAUCUUUGCAUACAGUAUCCUUGCACCCCUUAUGUUAUCUUGGGAGAAUAAUUUUGUGUGCACAGCUUAGCAUGCCCUUAUAACUCUAAAUAAGCUCCUUCGUUAUUUUUUUUUAAUUACCCAAUGAUCUUAGGACCGAAUGGCAUCUCCUACCCUUUUAACAAGGGAAUAAGGGUCAGAUCACAGGUUUAACUUUGUAUUGGUAUAAUGGGUGUGUCUGGAAGGGAGGGAGGCUGAGGCUUGAGAAAGCUAAAGAACAUUAUCUUGUUAGUUUGAAACGAGAGUGGGCAGAAAAAGCUGAACUUGCAAGUAGGGGACUUACUAACAGUUAUAAUUCAGAUGAAGACAUGGUCUCCUACGACAAGCCUAAGAAAGUCAUCAAUUCUGAAAGAAAGCAACUUCGGAUUUACUUCCCCAACUUAAGAAAGGUGAAAUUAAUGCCAUUAAGUGGAACUGGCAAACACAAAUACAGUUUCCAACGUGUUGAAGUAGUUCCUUCUCUCCCUAUCCAUUUUUGCGAUUGUGAAGAGCAUUCCAUUCAUCAUCCCACUGCAAAGGAAAAACAAACUUGUGAUCUGGAAACCCUAAGUGAUGGGAUAAGUGAGGAAGAGCUUAACGUAAUGAAUUCAGUGAUGAACAAGCUCUUUGAAAGAGAAAACCUAUUAGAUGCUGUAGGCAGUGGAAAGGGACUGACCAAGGGAAGAGAUGAUUCCAUCAAAUCUGUUCAAAUGUUGCAAGUCAAUGAGAAUGAAGAAGCUUCUGUAACAGAUGAGGAUAACCUCAUAAUUAAUGUGAUGACUAGGAGAAACAACAGGAUGGGCAGCAACAACAUGAUGGCUUUUAUAGGUGGCCAGGGAAAGAAAAGAAUUUCUGAAAAUAAGGAAUCAGGAUUCAUACGAACUCAAACCUCUAUGGAAGGGCAAAAUCUGAACGUGCUCAAAGUGCAGAAAAAUAAUGUUGUACCUCCUUACAAAAAGAGGAAAUCACUUUUCAAUCAAGAAAGUAUUGGAAAUGGACCUCGGCCUGCUAUCCCCAAAGGCAAUGGGGAGUUGAAAACCCCUUCUGAUGAGUCGGCAAUACUCUUGGGAGCUCAACUGGUUGACCCAGAAUCUGGUAUCCAACAAUCAGCAACACUUCCAUCAUUGUCCCGGAAGUCUUCCUGGAGAAAACUUCUCCGUGAUAGGGGCAACACUUUCAGCAUCUCACAUAUAUUGCCAGGCAUUAGUUCUAGCGAGGAAGAGCAACUAAAAUCAAAUUCCUUUGUGCCCGACUCCACUGUCAGCAAAAAUGACGACUGGGUAAGUCAUGGAGAUCACUUGGAGAGCAAGUUGGGUGAAACAACUAAAGAGGAGCUCGUGGAAACUCAGCCUUCCAGCCAUACUGCACCUUCAACUAAAUCCAGUAGAGGUGCUUCAUGGCUCCAGAAAUCCUCGUGGACACAGUUGGUUGGCGAGAAUAAGAGUAGCUUAUUCAGCAUUGCACAAAUUUUGCCUGAUAUUUCUAAUGGAAAGCAAGUCAUAAUGGAGCUCAAUAAUGUGGUCAUUGUUGAUUCCAACGACAGCAAGCAUAAGGAUCUGGGGAAACAUCAUGAUGGUAAAUCUACUGGAGAUGAUUCUUUAUCUUUGGAAAUGAGAGAGGAUGAGAGUGUCAUUAGGAGUACUCUAGAGAAGAAUCGACAGACUGUUUUGGGCAAUGGUGAGCCUCCUGGUCGAAUAUCUGAGAAGAAACAUGAUUCAGCAUCGAAGUUGGCAUCUGCUGGGAAUAUUAGUAUAGGAGAAACAUGUUCUUUUAUGAGAAGUGCCACUUCGUUGAAAGAGUGGGCAAAAACUAAGGCUACCAUAAGUGGAUCACUCAAGAGAAAAAGAGGGAGAAGUAGAUGUUUUAAUGUUUGAAGGGGACGUUUUUUGACUUCUUGGUAAUCUUGAGAGAAGAAUUGUUCCCAGACAACAUUAAGAUCAGUGCCUUUUUAAAUGUUUGCUUGAUUGGGGUUUUACUUCGGAUCCGGCCUAGUCCCCCCUGUUGCUGUCGGCAAUGUUGUUUUAACUUUGUAUGCACUUUUGUUUCAUUCUUACUCUGUUGAAGAAAAAAGUUUUAUAGUUUUAGAGAGAGAGGCCGCCACCCAAGAUUUAGGACAUACUGCACGUGGAAGGGGCUCUCUGUGAACAAAAGAUGAGAGUAUUCUCUCAAUCAUAUGGAAAUUAUGGCUUCUUCACAA